UAAAUACCAUAAUCAUUAACCUCAAUGUCUCAUUUCAAGUUUGCUUCUUUCUUUCAUCUUUCUUGUUGAACAGCACAGAUUUGUUGCUGUGCUUUCUGGGUUUUCUUGAUAAAUAUUUAGAAGGCAAAGAUGACAGUAGGAGCAGGAAUAACUGUGGCUGAUGGGAAUUUGGUGGUGUUAGGGAACACUGUUUUGCAUAAUGUUCAUGAUAAUAUUGAGAUCACACCAGCACAAGGUGAUGCUUUUAUCCAUGGAGCUUUUAUUGGUGUUCGAUCUGAUCAAGUUGGUUGCCGUAGAGUCUUCCCUGUUGGACAGCUCGAAGGAUUGCGUUUUAUGUGUGUUUUUCGGUUCAAAUUAUGGUGGAUGACACAAAGGAUGGGGACUUGUGGUCAGGAUAUUCCUUUUGAGACUCAAUUCUUGAUUGUUGAAGCAAGAGACGGGUCUCAUUUUGGCAAUGGAAAUGAGUAUGGAGAUGAUCAAUCUUCAGUGUAUACAGUAUUCUUGCCAAUUCUUGAAGGAGAUUUCAGGGCUGUUCUUCAAGGGAACGAACACAAUGAGCUGGAGAUUUGUUUGGAAAGUGGAGAUCCUUCUGUUGAGGAAUUUGAAGGGAGCCAUUUGGUUUUUGUCGCUGCUGGAUCAGAUCCCUUUGAUGUCAUCACAAAUGCGGUGAAGACAGUCGAGAAACAUUUGCGGACAUUCUCUCAUCGGGAAAGGAAGAAGAUGCCAGAUAUGCUGAAUUGGUUUGGUUGGUGCACAUGGGAUGCCUUUUACACUGAUGUUACUGCAGAAGGUGUGAAGCAAGGAUUAGAGAGCUUACAAAAAGGUGGAAUCACCCCAAAGUUUGUUAUAAUUGACGAUGGAUGGCAAUCAGUCGGUAUGGAUCCCACUAGUAUUGAGGCUAAAGCUGAUAAUACAGCCAACUUCUCGAAUAGAUUGACAAAUAUCAAAGAGAACCACAAAUUCCAGAAAAAUGGCAAAGAGGGCCACAGGGUAGAGGAUCCAGCUUUGGGACUCCGCCACAUUGUCACUGAUAUAAAAGAGCAACAUCAUCUGAAGUAUGUUUAUGUCUGGCACGCAAUAACAGGAUACUGGGGAGGUGUAAAACCUGGUGCAACUGAAAUGGAGCACUACGAAUCCAAGAUGACUUACCCAAUUUCAUCUCCUGGGGUUCAAUUAAAUGAGCAUUGUGAUGCUUUUCAAAGCAUUACCAAGAACGGGCUUGGACUUGUGAACCCUGAGAAAGUUUAUAACUUCUAUAAUGAACUUCAUUCGUAUCUUUCAUCUGCCGGAAUUGAUGGUGUCAAAGUUGACGUUCAAAAUAUUCUCGAAACUCUUGGAGCAGGCCAUGGUGGAAGAGUUAAACUUGCUAGGAACUAUCAUCAAGCAUUAGAGGCAUCAAUUGCUAGAAAUUUCCAUGACAACGGAAUCAUUUCUUGCAUGAGUCACAAUACAGAUGGUUUAUACAGUGCAAAGAGAACAGCUGUUAUAAGGGCGUCAGAUGAUUUCUGGCCAAGAGACCCAGCAUCCCACACUAUUCAUAUCGCAUCAGUUGCUUAUAAUACCAUUUUUCUUGGGGAAUUUAUGCAGCCAGAUUGGGAUAUGUUUCAUAGCUUACACCCAAUGGCUGAAUACCAUGGAGCAGCUCGUGCAGUUGGAGGAUGUGCUAUUUAUGUUAGUGACAAGCCUGGACAACAUGAUUUUAAUCUACUGAAGAAGCUUGUACUCCCUGAUGGUUCUAUAUUAAGGGCUAAACUUCCUGGCAGACCUACAAGAGAUUGCUUAUUCUCGGAUCCUGCCCGAGAUGGAAAAAGUCUUCUGAAGAUAUGGAAUAUGAAUGAUUUCACUGGAGUCGUGGGUGUAUUCAAUUGCCAAGGAGCUGGAUGGUGUCGAGUAGGAAAGACAAACCUUAUCCAUGAUGAGAAACCUGGCACAAUCACCGGUUCUAUUAGAGCUAAAGAUGUUGAUUAUUUACCUAAAGUUGCUGAUACUGAAUGGACUGGGGAUAGCGUUCUGUAUUCUCAUCUUGGUGGAGAGGUGAUUUAUCUUCCAAAGGAUGCAACCAUGCCGAUUACACUGAAAUCUCGGGAGUAUGAAGUCUUUACAGUGGCUCCUGCGAAGGAAUUACCCAAUGGGACUAAAUUUGCUCCCAUUGGUCUGAUCAAGAUGUUCAAUUCAGGAGGUGCUAUCAAGGAGCUGAGUUAUGAUUCUGACACAAGUGUAGCUGUUCACAUGAAAGUUCGUGGGUGCGGCCUGUUUGGAGCGUAUUCAUCAUCUCAACCCAAGAGGAUUAUAGUUGAUUCUGAGGAAGUGAAGUUUGUAUAUGAAGAAGGGUCUGGUUUAAUCAGUGUUGAUUUGAGAGUUCCUGAGGAAGAAUUGUACCUCUGGAACAUAACAGUAGAAGUAUAGAGAAGAAUAGAAGUGUCAUUAUUCUUUAGUAGUGAUUCAAACUGCUUGUGCACCUGGAGUCCCCAAUUGCAUCUUCUCUAGGUUUGUACAAAGGCAUUGGUGGUAGUUUGCUGUUUAGUGUACUAAAAAGAUGCUUAAAAGAAGGCAUGUCUUUUGGGUACAGCUCUUCAGAAGACUUGCAGCCUUUGCCAAUGGAUAAAACAAAACCAUUGACAGAUCUGUAUUCUUAUAUUAUUUGAGGUCUAUGAAUAGAGAAUUAUUUGUUAAGAACAAAGCA